AGUGGCACACCGUUGUUCUUACUGAACAGUCGUUACGGUGGCAGAACGGUUAAAACUACCGGACUUUACAGCAGCAAUAACUGUGUUUUUUUCAGUGUAGAGGGACGGUGCGUUUACGCUGAAAAGUGAGUCCGAAAAUGAAGGGAAGCUCUCUCCACUUUUCCGCCGUUCUUGCGUUCGGUUGGCAUACAUCGAAAGAUGGCUCGUGUCGGUGUUCUCGACACAAGAAAGCGCUGCUUGUGUACACGUGCCUAGCAGACACUGCUUUGCGUUCGGAGCUCCUAUUAUAAAAUUAAAAAUAAGUUAAAUUUUUCAUAAACUCAUAUUAAAACUGAUUAGUGUCAUUUCUGGUUGAUUUUAUUUGCCUCUGGCUUUAAAUAGGCAUACUUGCUACUAUGAUUAUCGAAUAAAGCAAUAUUCAUUAUAUUAUGUGUGUGGCGAUAUUAUUAUAUGUGUGUGUAUAUACACACACAUAUAAUGAUAAUAUAUCGCCUAAACAAAAUUUAAUGUAUGCGUUUCAAUGUAUAAUCAGUGGAUAACAAAAUGCCAAAAUAUAAAAAUAUACUUAAGUUGCUUUAAAGCUCUAUUUGAUUUCUUCCAAACGUAACUGCACUGCAUUGAUAAAUAUACUUAUUAAAAUUUGCGUAAUGCAGAUAGUUGCAACUUUUCCGAUGAAAAAAAUCUAAACAAAAAUAGAAAAAUAUCUCAUUAUUCAAGUAGGCAUUACUUAAAAAACCUAAAAAAAUAAAACUAAUUUUUGAUACAUUCUUUGAUUAUGAUUCUUAAAGAAAUCUGUCAAAUAGCAUUAAAGCAGCGCGUUCACUUCUGUUAUGAUGCUUGAAUUCUGCCGAGCUCUCGUAGGCUGUACACCUACGUAUCGGGAAUUCGCUCGAGCUCAUGUACGCAGAAGGUUCUUUCAAUGCGUACAAUCCGAACGCACAGAAGCAGAGAAGAGGGGAGAGUUUCCCCUCAUUUUUGGCUUGUUCUCUUCGCCUGUAAACGGAGCUAGCGCACCGUCCUUCUAUACUAAGUCUGUGGUUAGAAUAUUUCAGUAAAGCCAUAAUAUCUGAUCAAUAAUGGUUCCAUAGUUUAUUUUUGAACCUUGAUAUAAUCUUGUCCCACACGGAGAAAAAAAUGUUGAAUCUACCGAAGCGACUUCAGUAGGAUCUACUUGAGUAAAAAAUGUGCCGGAAUAGACUCGCACAGCACAAAAUUUCCGAGCGAGAAAAGUGGGGGAAGCGCAGCAGUGGCGGUAGGCGGGGCUAGACGAGUUUAGGCCCUUCUGCGCAUUUGAUAAGUGUCUACCGCACAGGAUUUUCUUUACCUAAGUCGUCAAGUAGAUUCUACUGAAGUUUUGAGUAGCCUCAACGUUUUUUUCUCCGUGCAAACAUAUAAUUCUUCGCAGAGCGUCGGGACCUCAGUUUUGAGAGAGCCAUGCGAGGCUGCAGAUGAGCCACUGCAGAAAAUCCAAUACAAGAUUGAAGAACUGCUGAACAUCUACAGAACUGUUCAACUAGCUCGUGCUCAUUCACGAAAAUCCCUAGCCUGUCCUUUUGAAUCGCCUUUUUGUUUCAAAAAAAUUGACAAUCCUCGCUUCACUGUAGCAGAACUCUCACUAGACAUCAGCAAUACAGUAUGGUGCCUCUAUUCUUAGCAGAAAGGCACAGGUCAUAGUUCAUCGUUCUUCCAAAAAAUCUUAUACAGGAAGAUGCAUGUAAGGUACUGCGUAUACUGUAGCAGCGGUCGUGGCUCUUAUUUGCCGCGGUUCAUUAAAUCAGAUCCGUACGAUGACAAAGACGUUAGAACAUAUGACAGCAUGCUGCACAGUACACUCACCAAGAUCAUCGACGAGCGCCGUCUCACCAGCGGCCAAAUAAAGGAGCUUCUUCGUACCUCCGAGGAUGCCGAUCAGGAAUCCAUGGUCAAGCUAAUACUGGAGCAGGAGCCCGCCCUCAGCGAGAUAUUUCCAAAUGGAAAUAAGGUCUCGCUCAUCAAGAUCGCUGUCGCAUUAUGCUACCAAAAAUCAGCUGAAAUGCUCCUCCGCUCAGGUGCCGCCGAUGUCAAUUCAGUAGGUGAAAUUUUGGUCUUAAGUGAGUCCAUUCUCCACACCCUUCUUAAGAUGUAUCCUUCCUCGUGGAACGAGCGAUUGUUCGAACUGGCAAUGGAGCAGGGUGCCGACUUGGAAGCUCGUGACUAUAUGGAAAAUACCGUUCUGGAUGCCGCGGUAGCAGCAGGCCGAGUCAGGGAGGUUAAAAUGUUACUCUCAAAAGGAGUCGAAGUCAAUACCACUAACGAUUACGGCGAGACACCGCUGAUCACGGCGGUCUUGUGGAAAGUCGAGAAUAAUUAUGACGAAGAAUUACUAAUGUUGCUGCUGGAACACGGAGCAGAUGCUACCGCCAGGGAAAUCAGAGGAUGGAACGCCUUACACCACGUUGCGGCCUGGAAGCCUACCGUUGCUGAUCAGCCUAACUGGGCCAGAGUCUUGAUCGAGAAUGGCGCCUCGGUCAACGACAGAAGCUAUUUGAGGUCGACCGGAGUAUAUCAUCAUCAGCCGAUACACUUUGCUGCGCGCUCUGGAAAUCUUGAAACGAUAAAGCUUUUUUUGGACCACGGGGCAAACGUGAAUUCACGAGCAGACACGAUGGACUGUUUUCCACUGUACUACGCUUCUGAGUAUAAUUGGCCGACUGUGGUAUUAACUCUACUCGAACGCGGCGCGGACGUUGACCAGAGCACGAGCGAAGGUCUCACCGCGUUGCACAUCGCCUGCAGCAAACAGGCAAAUAAGACAAUCGAACUGCUGCUGUUCUCCGGCGGGGCGGAUAUCCUCGCUGAGGACCUCCAGGGUAGAACACCUUUCUCUCUGAUGAACGUAUCAUCGGGUGAUUCCAAUUCAAGCGUCCAGUUGAUGCUCAGGAUGCUGGCACUGAAGAGGACUCGCAUGCAGCCGUCGAUCGAAUUGAAGGACGAACGACGCAUCAAGGACCACUCGGAGCUGUGGGAAUAUUAUCGAGACUGCAUCGAAGAGGUCAACAGGAUGAAAUCUACAAGAUUUAUAGGGACUUGCUCACUUUUAGACCUCAUAACUAAAUGCCAGUGCCAGAUAGCGACGCCCAUGCGGAACCGCGAAUUCGAGAGCAGAUUUAGUCAGCACAUCAACGUUUUUCCCAAGUACGCCGAAUACCUGCUCGAAGCUAUUGAUGCCGCGCGUGCUUACUACAGCGAUUUGCUGCAAAGCGAGGACUUGAUCGACGAGGUUAGUUAUAAUAUUUGGCCUCAUAUGACUGUGAGGAAAGUGGCUCGUUACGUGACUGGCUGCGGACAAUGUGCACUCAGAGAAGUGGUGCGCGCGUCUCGGGGCAGCAGUAGUGCGUAAUUCCGAGGAUAACUCGAAUUGCCUCUACGCGACCAAUAAGAAUUCUGAAUUUCGCAGAUGCAGGAGAGGUACAGUACUCUGAGCAAGUCAUUCUUUUUUUCCUAUCCGCGCAUCGUACAUCUACACACCGACACGGAACAGAAAAAAGUGCAUGCCCGAGCGUUCCUGCUCAUCUCAAGUAGAAAGGGAAAAAGACCGCCGACACACUGGAUACGAUCAGUAUAUCUAGUUUUUUCGUCUCUUCUCCGAGAAAAGGCCCGUCGACACCUCCUCGCAGUUUGGAGGAUGUCUCUGCGCGAGAAUAAAUGUAUUUAUCAUCGCUAAUUAGCUACAAUAAAAAAUAAAAACCGCUGCCAAUUCUUUGGCACGUAGUUUCCUUCAACAUUAUGUAUCUGCUGUAAUAUCUGAAUUGUUUUUACUUUAUACAUAUAUAUAUACACUCACACACACAAUUCUAUAAAGUAUUUGUACUUUUUCGUUUGAUAGAUAAAAUUAUUUUGAAUCAAUUA